UCCUGACCAGCCAGCAGAGCCGUGGGUCAGGGUGGAGGAGGAGAUGGACGGGGGAGGACUGACGAGCGGAGACCGGAUCGAUCCAUUCUUUUCCCUGGAGGGCUUGUGAAUAGUUCACUCACUGCUAGCGGGAUGCAGCUGGUCGCGAGACCUUCGCACAAAGCGGCGCUGCCUCGCUUUCUGGAGAAGGGUGGUCCGACGCGCAGGGGGAUCCGUCGCAUGUAAGUUGUCACGGCGACCCAGCGGGAGGACGUACACCGGCAGCGUGGGGUGUGUAGAGAUGGCAGUCAAAGUUUGAGAGUAAAGUAUAGUGAGGUUGUCAGAAAGUUGGGUUAGGGGUCGGGGGUUAGGCGUCAGUGUUGGACGUUUUUUUAGGUUCAUCCACAUCUGAAAGGUUUUCUCGUUUCUCAGUGUUUCAGGUAUUUAGAAAAGAAAGAGUUUUAAGUCGUUACUUUGAAACCAGGCAACCUUUCUGUAAGUGUGGCCUUGUUCAGCGUUCGGAAUUCGCUUCACGCCUCGUAUGUGCUCUACAUACGCUUGAAGAAGAAAUGGUGAGACCACCUAGCACGGGAGCUGAGACAAGAGGCCUUGUGAUGGUCCCACUCUGUCACACUUUGUGUGUUGGUAGAACACGAGUAGGAGACUCCGGUCCAAACAAAGCCGCACUGUGUUCGGCGGGAGAAGAGACGCCGCACGGCCCUCCUCGUAAAACAAAGGCCUGAUCCCGCCCACGCCGGUCCUGCACCCAACACGGGGUCCGACGGGAGAGAGAGAAGAAAACAUGAAGGGCCGAGCACAUUUUUGGGGGUAACGCUUCAUUCGGCGUGUGAUGAUCCAGCUAUGAGGACAUAAGGAUGACUUUCAGCCACUGACGAGGACGAGGACAAUAACCUCAGCGAGAGCUUCUUCAUGGUCAAAGGAGCCGCCCUCUUUCUGCAGCAGGGCGGCGGCGCACAAGGACCAAAGACCCCGACCCACCACAAACAUGCAGGCGAUUUACCUCAACACCUGCAGGUCAUGUUUAAGAUCCUCCGGUCUGAAGAUCGCAUUAAGCUGGCUGUGCGCUUGGAGAGCGGCUGGUCAGACCGAGUGCGCUACAUGGUCGUCAUCUACACCAACGGCCACCAAGACACGGAGGAGAACAUCGUCCUGGGGAUGGACUUCACGGACAAGGACAGUAGAAAUUGCUCCGUUGGGAUGGUGCUGCCGCUGUGGAGUGAUUCCAACAUACAUUUGGACGGAGAUGGAGGCUUCAGCGUCAACACGGCAGGGCGAUCACACGUCUUCAAGCCUGUCUCCGUACAGGCCAUGUGGUCCGCCCUGCAGGUCCUCCACAAGGCAUGCGAGGUGUCCCGCCGGUUCAACUACUUCCAGGGGGGCAUCGCUCUCACGUGGAUGGCCUUCUAUGAGAGCUGCAUCACCUCGGAGCAAAGCUGCAUCAAUGAGUGGAAUGCCAUGACCGACCUGGAGACCACCCGGCCCGACUCGCCCACCAUGUUUGUGGACCGGCCAACUGAGCGAGAGAGAACAGAGUGUCUCAUUAAAGCCAAGCUACGCAGCAUCAUGACGUAUCAAGACCUGGAGAACACCACCUCCAAGGAGAUCCGUAACAAGCUGGAGCAGCAUAUGAGCUGCAGCCUCACUGAGUACAAAGAGUUCAUAGACAACGAGAUGCUUUUGAUCCUCGGUCAGAUGGACAAGCCCACACUCAUCUUUGACCAUGUGUACUUGGGCUCCGAGUGGAACGCUUCCAACCUGGAAGAACUACGCGGCUGCGGAGUGGGCUACAUCCUGAAUGUUACCAGAGAGAUUGACAACUUCUUCCCGGGGAUGUUUUCUUACCACAACGUCCGCGUGUACGAUGAGGAUGCUACUGAUCUGCUGGCCCACUGGAACGACACCUACAACUUCAUCGGCAAAGCCCGGAGGAACAACUCCAAGUGCCUGGUGCACUGCAAGAUGGGGGUGAGCCGGUCCGCCUCUACGGUCAUUGCCUAUGCGAUGAAAGAGUACGGCUGGUCCCUGGAGAAAACCUACAACUUUGUCAAGCAGAAGCGGAGUAUAGCUCAGCCGAACGGCGGAUUCAUGAGACAGCUGGCAGAAUACGAGGGGAUUCUGGACGCCAGCAAACACCGCCACAACAAGCUGUGGAGGCCUGAAACCGAUAAGGAGGGAGCCGAUGAUCUGCAAGCCUCAGGCGGGGAGGAGACGCCGGGGCUCAGAGGGGCGGAGGCUGUGGGAGGCUGCGGGGCCUCCCCCUGCAGGGUGGUGGGUCUGGAGAUGGAGCCCCUCGACUCCCUCAACUAUAACUAUUACUUCAGACGCUUGUCAGACUCUGCGCUAGACAGCGAGCCCUCCACCCCAGUGCGCGGCCCCCCGCUGCUGGGUAUGGAAAGGGUUUUCAUCGAGAUCGAAGACGUGGAGAGGGACGCCCUGUUGGAGGACGAGGGUUUCCCCAUGGCCCACCUAGCGCUGCCCGGCGAGGGCACGGCAGCUCAGACGUGCGGCCGCCUCGACCCCCUGGAGGACAUGAGGCUGAGGCUCGAGAUCAGCACUUUGGAGGAGGAGGACGAGGAGGAGGCCAAGAAGGAGGAAGCGGAGAUGGCGGCCCUGGCUCAGGCUCCGGGAAAUUCGGAUGGGAGGAGGGCGGGGGAGGAUGGCGAGGGGACGGAGGAGAGCCGGUUGGGUCUGGCCAACCUGAACACCAACAACAGCAACCGACUGGCUGCCAAGCGCAGCUGCCCUGCAGCCUUUGAUGACAGUGGUAGCACAGGAAACCCUUUAAAAGUGAAGCCGUCCUAUCAGUCCUGUAAGGAUUGCCUGCGUCUGCCGCAAGUGCGACGCUGUGACCGUCCAGCAGGGGGCCGUUCUCACCGCCUUAACCCCUCCCGCCACUGCACUAUCCCCACCAUAUGCAUAGAUCCCCCCGGGACCAGUUUUGCAUCCACCCCACUUCUGCGGCCCCUGCAAGUCCCGGCCAGCUCGAUCCAGCCCUCCGCUCGUCCGUACCGCUGCUCCACCUGCGGCCCCGCCGUCCCACCAACCGACCGGCAGAAGCCCGGCUCGCCCAUGAGCUGCGAGGAGACGCCCCCCGACUGCGGCUCGGUGGACACAGACGACAUGGACCAGCCGCGGGGGGGCGACGCGGGAGGAGAAGCGGCGAGGGGCGGCACGGGGGCUCCAGCUGAAGGUUUAAAUUUGCAACCCGGCGGUUCGGUGGAGCUCCAGCAGCAGGCUUUGGCCAAGCUAAAAAUGCCGGGACUGGGGAUAGAGUUUGGCGUGGAACUGAUGCGACAGAGGGCAGAGCGGCUUGAGGAGCUGCCGAGCUCGGCCGCGGAGGGCCAGCUCCCGGCGGGGCCCCUGCCUUAACACUGUAACCCUUACGUGUAUGAGAUGGAGGAGGAGGUUUUGCCGCUGCCUUCAGCAGGAACCCUGUUAUAGCUGUGGGCCUUUUUUUUUCUUUUUUUUUUUAAGAUGACUACUGCUGUGGUGUCGUACCGGAAUCAAAGCCCCGCUCUGACCUGAACUGUCACGUGCCGGCCGCUUAGCUGCACUGUCACAAGCUGCAUUUCCAGAGAAAGUCCCGUCAUCGUCUUAACUGGCGUUGAGAUCCGAACGAGGCUGGUCGAUUCAAAACCAUACGCCCGAAGACCGAAGACUUUCCCGUGUCCUUCCACUCGCCCCUCGAUUGAGUCUCUCCUGAGCCUGCCAGCCCCCCCCCACCCCCCUCCACAUGCAGGAUCAUCACACUUCCCCUCAGCCCAGUGGUGAUGAGCGUCACGCUGCCGUGUUCACCGGCAGGCUUGGCGUGUUCCAGAGACAGCGGUGGCUGCAGCGAGCACUCUGAGGCCGAUGGACGGAAAAAGACCUGAAGUAACACGCUUCUUUCACUGGACUGUUUGUUUUUCAAUCCAAGUCAUCAACAGCAUUCAUGAAGGAGCCCGAUGAAUGUUUGCAGUCGCCCCUUGUUGUGAUGGCGUUCAGCGUCUCCUCGUGUUUGCUGAUGUGCUGAAUCUCCACUGGCCGUCACCUAUAUUUUCUCUGCUGCCGCUGCUUUUGCAUCAAGGAAGGGGCCGUUGUGGAAGCAUAAUCAUUUUGGGGAAAAAAGGAUGGGAGCCUUUUUUACGCCUCUUAGUAAGGUGUCGUACCUCGGACCACAAGCAUCUGGAACUGUUUUGGUCAAAGACUCUUUCGUUGUGUCUGCACAGUGUCUGGUUCACCCUGACCUCCUCCAUCAAAGUUAAUGUAAUCAUGUACUUAAAGCACUCACUUUAGCCCCACGCAUGACUUUGCAGUAUUACAAUACCAACACGCUGGGCCGGAAAACAUAUUAUUUAAAUGCUGAAAUGCAUCCAGAUUUGCCAUUGUUUAGCUCAAGUGACAACAAUCAUUUGUCAGUUUGCUGAUGAAUUGUUUGAACCUGACCCCCUUACGCCUGAGAGAAGACUGAAGAUGCACCUCCUGUUGUUGGGAGAUCUUCACAGUCAUCCUUUCACACGUCAGGGUCCUCCAGGAGCGCUUGGUCUGAUCACUUGCUGAUGUACCAAAGCUUUAUCAUUUUGACAUUAAAUCACCAUCGUAGUUUAAAUCCUUUUACCACAGUGGCAUCCAGGUACUCAUUCAUCUUAAGUGUCUCCCAGACAAACAUCUGCGAAGACACUAAGUAUAGAUUUAGCACUCGAGCACAACGUUUGCAUCCAUUCACACAGUGCACACAUUUCGACUCUAUAGCUGCGUUUUACUGAAGUCACUAAGGGCACUGAAGCAGAAAUAAAUUCAUGAAUACUUCAUUCAUUUGGGUCGAAUGACUAUUAUUCUAUAAGUAUUAUUAGAAUUUUGACUUUAAAGUUACCAAAUUGAAAACUUAAAAUUCUAAUCUAAACAUAUUAUUAUAUAGUAGGUUUACUUUGUGCAACGCUCUGCACGCGCAGUUUGUUUUUCAUCUCUUUGAGUCUUUUCCUCAGCUGUUAUUUAGUCCAUUUUGUCUAUGCUGGGACAGCUUGAGGCCUGUUGUGUUCAGAUUGUGCCACCAAGCCAAAGGGGUGUUGCUCUACAGGUUCUUCUGUUGUGUUUUGGCGCGCUGGGUGUGCUGGAAUGGUUCUGAGAGAUGCCUGUCUGCAUGCAGGAAAUGCACAUACGUGUGGUUUUGCUGUGUUUAAAGAUGCGAGUGCUUCAGGAGAAAUGAAAACUGUGCAAGGAAUGAAUGUUAGUUUUUUAACCAACCUCUAAUUAUGGAUUUAUUUAUUUCAAUUUUUUUGUGGGUUUAACAUUCCUUUAGUUAGAUCAGUGGAAGCUUCUAUUUAUAUUUCUUCUCCUCCCUUAACUUGGACACCAGGGAGCUGCAGGUUUGCUCCACUAGUUAGAUUUUAAGAAUUUGGUUUUGCCUUUAAACUGUUCUUUCCCCCCACGUGAGCAUUGUGAAAAAUGUUUGAUACCACAAACCGUAACAGAAGAAUUAAGAAAUGCCACAUCGUGGCAACUUAAAGAUCGGUAUCAUUUCAUCUCAACACAUGGCAGCGUAUUUCCCCAAAUGCUCUCUUCCGUUUUACAUCCUAUUAACAUGAUUCUCUUUGAAGCCAGUUUUUAUCACUGUGUUACAGGUGGGCCUUGAUCCAUGCGCUUGACAUCGUGAGCAGCGAAUCCUUCUGUUUGCGUUCCCAGACCGCAGCACAACCGCGGGUUGUUUGCUUCAUGUUUUGAGUUUGUGUUUGUAUUUAAGUGCCUUAACCUUGGCCUUAGCUCCAUCCUAAAGCAUCACAGGCGUUGCAAGAGUUUCUGUGAGUGUGUCGUCGGCUUUUUGUACAUUACUUGCCCUCACUCCCAAUAAUAACCACGCUCCCCGCGACGUAUAACUCGGCACAAAAUAAUAAUGUAUGCAAACACACAUAAGCUCACGCACAGCCGCCUCCUUCGCCCCCGAACACACUUAUACUUGAUGGACUUCCAUUCAUGAAUAGCCUAUAAUAAUAUUGUAUUUGUUUGAUAUUGUUGAAACUUGUGGUACACUGUAUUGGUUCAAUAGCUGGCUGAGGAACCUUACUUGCUGGAAUGAGAACUAUCAUUUACAUUAAAACAUUAGACAGGAUGGAUUCAUGUCUGUAUAUAUUUUUCUCAACAAUUUGCUAUAAGUACAUCAGCUUGCAGAUGUGGUCAAUAUUAAGAAAAUACACUGAUAAUGCUACCGUGUAUUUGAGAAGCACUCAUGAUUAAGUUCUCGUGUUUGUACCACAGCAAAAAAACAACAACAAGACUUAUUUCAUUUAAGCGAAUGUCUUGGUGCGCCAUUGAAAUGGCAAAAAUUGAAUAAAAUUUUUUUAUUGAAUUAUUCCCAGGCAGCAGGCAUCACACUGACAAUCCUACUAAGAGCCAGAAGCUGAGGACUUUGUGCGGAAGGAUAUUAAGACAUAUUGCAAUUCAAAAGGGGGAUCCAGGCAUUUAUAGAGUGUAUUUACAGAGCACAAGUCUGCCCCAAAGCAUGCGAGGUUGAGUGGAAACCGCAGAAUACGAUAAACCUUCCUGGGAGUACGAUUUUGUUACUUUAAUUGUUUUUUGUUAACUUCUGUGUACUGUACUGUACAUUGCCAAUGUUCAUGUGUAAUGCACUUUUUUUUUCUUUUUUUUUUUACAUUUUGUUAAAAUGAUGUCCAGUCUAAUGUUUAUCACGGAAAUAAACCCAUUUCCUCUGCAUAAUCUA